UUUCCCCCUGUGUCACUGCAGACGAGUCCCUUACAAGCACAGGUGUAUCUCAAAUGUAACGGAAAGCGGAGCCUGCCUCCUUGUACACCAGCCAGGAUCACAAAGUCUUAAUUUCCUUUAUUUUCUUUGAGACAAAUAAAGCAUCUCGAUUGUAUACCUCUACUAUUGCCACCACCGCUUCCGAAAUAAACGAAAUACCUCUACUACUACCUCUACCAUCGCCGGUCUGGCUGCAUGUGUAUCAGGGCCUUCAGGGUCAUUAGUAGCCUAUCCUGACUCUACCUGCUGAACUUCGACCACCGCUAUCCACUCGCCACUUCUGCCAAAGCUACCUGGAAAAAUAAUUGAACCCCAAUAAACCACGAAAAGAGAAGUGUUGAGUGGCCCUGUGCAUGCAUCACCUCAGGUUGAGCUUUUUUUCCCAAGUUUUGAAGUUCAUGAACUGACUGAAAUCUAAUCUUACUAACAUAACUUACCAUCAAUAAACCACAAGAGAGGAAGAUUCAAGUUUUUUCUCACUACAUCCUUCAGACCCAGGCUCAUUUCAUUAUUUUUGGCUAAAAAUAAAAUCGACUGAAACCUAGCUAACAUAUAACUCCACGGCGCCAUGUCUCUGCUCACCCACAUCCUGGCCUGCCUGUUUGGCAUCGGCUCCUGGGUGACCAUCUGUGGCAUCUGGGUGGAGCUCCCGCUGCUGGUGCCCCAGCUCCCCGAGGGCUGGUACCUGCCCUCCUACCUCUCCAUCCUCAUCCAGCUGGCCAACGUGGGCCCGCUGUGCGUCACCCUGGCCCACCGCCUCUGCCCCGGCAGGCUGCACGAGCCGGCGCUCAUCUACUGCAUCGUGGCGCUGGGCGCCGUGGCCACCUUCCUCAUGGCCUUCUUCUGGAGCCGCACGCUGGAGCUGGGGGGCGUGGAGCGCAGCCUGCCCCUCUUCGUGCUGGUCUUCCUGGUGUCGGCGGUGGACUGCACCUCCUCCGUGACCUUCCUGCCCUUCAUGAACCGCCUGCCGCCCGCCUACCUCACCAGCUACUUUGUGGGCGAGGGGCUGAGCGGGCUGCUGCCCGCGCUGGUGGCGCUGGGCCAGGGCGUCGGGGUGAUGGACUGUGUCAACGCCACCACGCUGGCACAUUCAAGCAUCACCAGCAGCCUGCCGCUGGGUAAUGCCAGCAGCUGGGGGGACUCCGGUGUGCAAGUAGAAUCUUUAGACUCCGGUUCUGUGGUUUCAAACGCCAGCGUGCUGUCGGACGUCGCUGGCGGUAGCGGUAGCGGUAGCGUGGGCCUGGUUCCCCUCUACCAGUCGGCCAACUUCUCGGCGGAGGCCUUCUUCUUCUUCCUGACGGCCAUGAUGCUGGUGUGCCUGGGGGCCUUCCUGCUGCUCAACUGCCUGCCCUGCGUGCCCCGCGAGCCCUCGCCGUCCCUCAGCCAGGCGUACAAGGUCAGCAAGGCCGAGCAGACCUCGUUCAUCCUCUCCUCCAAGCUGCGGAGCUCCAACAAGAGGCGCUUUGGGACGGGCCGCUACUCCUGGCCGGAGAUCGUCUACAUCUUCGUGGUGCUGGGCUGGGCCAACGCGCUGACCAAUGCCGUGCUGCCGUCGGUGCAGUCGUACUCCUGCCUGCCCUACGGGAACGUCACCUACCACUGGUCGGCUACCAUGGCUGCGGUGGCCAACCCCAUCGCAUGUUUCAUCGCCAUGUUCUUCCCAAGACGGUCUUUGUUCCUGAUGGGGGUCCUGACAGCCGUGGGGUCAGCCAUUGGAGCGUACAUCAUGGCCAUGGCCGUGCUGAGCCCCUGUCCUCUCCUAGUCAAUCACAUCGCAGGAAGUGUCCUCAUUGUGGGGGCCUGGGUGCUGUUUGUGCUCAUCAUGUCUUACGUGAAGGUGAUCAUCGGUGUGAUUCUGCGCGACGAGGGCCACAGCGCCCUUGUGUGGUGUGGAGCGGUAGUGCAACUUGGCUCCAUGAUUGGAGCCUUCACCAUAUUCCCACUGGUCAACAUAUACAGCCUUUUCAAAUCUGGUGACCCCUGCAAUACACAGUGCCUCUAAAUAGCCUACAGGGGUGUAACCGACUUGUCAAAAAUACAGAGCUGUUCAAGACUUUGUUGCAUUAAUCACUAUGAAGUCCUUGUUCCUAACAGAUAUUAAAAAAUAGAAGAUUAGGGGAUGAAAACCAGGGGCCUCAUGUACUAAGACUUCCAUAGAUUUCCUACUGGACCAGUCGAUGCAUAAAUGUGUUUUCAUGCUGAUUCAUCCAAUUUCACAUGGAAUUUAGUACACACAUGCACUUGUUCAUGUGAAGGCAGUCAUCUGAGCCUUUGCGUGAAAAGUUACACACGUAGCUUUUUUGUGCGUAAGCAAGCUUUUUACAUGUGUCCCCACAUGUCUUAGUGUUGCCAACAGAGGUUUCAUUCCUGGUUUGAUAUCACAAAGUGAAAAAUCCUGCUACAAAUUUGAUCCGACAACUAGGUCUUUAUCAGCUGAUCGCAGUGACAACUCAAGUAUUGACAAGUGACAAGUAUUCUUCCUUUCCAAACAUAGCCUGUACUAGUGUACAUGUUCUUGAUAAGCGUAGUCAGUGAUAACAUAGGCUAAAAUUCAAACUGUUGGUGUGCAUCCCAUAAGAGUUUAUUUCUAACUUCUUUAUCUACACUAACGUUUCUCAACAGGGGCUCUAUUUUAUUUUUUAAUAGGCCUACUAAGCGGGGCUUAUGAGGAGGUCAAGGGUGUGUUGGGAAGCUUAUGAUGAGGUCCAGUGGCCAUUUAUUCAAAAGAUGUUGAGAACCACAAACACACAUAGGCUACACAAUGAUAAAUCAAAUCCACAAUGAUGCACCCAUCAAACGUGCUGUUUAACACAGAUGGUGUUAUUUUUGUUUUAGAUAGUAGCUAACAAGGCAAGCUUAGUGUCACAGUUUUUACAGGAUUAUUUUUUUACAUCACGGUAUCAAAGCACACAUGCAGCGUUACAUAGAGAAUUACAGUAGGUCAUAUGUUAUUUUAACAUACAGUAAAUACGUACAUGUCGUGGUAAGUUAUAUCACAAAACAGAUAGACAUUGUAACUGCACGUGCAGACCAACAGCUACUAGAGGGACAGAAGUCAUUAUUUCUUAAUGGAGGGUCGGCAAAUUGGAUGAUCUAAGUGAAUUCACGAGGGCAGAGGUGAAGCGAACUGGGCGGACAGACUGAUUUUCAGAAGUUACUCAGUGAACUUUGGUAAUGAAAACGAUCAGAAUUGGAAGCGAAAACCAAUCUGAAUGUUCAUAUCUUUGAACGUUCCAGGUUGACAAGCCAAGGUGGUAGUCUAAGUCAAACAUGUCAAUAUCAAAUUGAGAGAGAAUUAAGCAAAUUCAUGCCGAAAAUUCUUCAACAACCUAUGGUCUCUUAUGGUCUGAACGUACAGUAAACACUCUGGCAAGAGCUUUGUAUAUAGGCAAUAUAUUUGUACAUAGAUUUCACCUGGAAGACCUGGUUUAAGACCUGGUCUACACAUUUAUACGUAGUUUUUAUAAAUUGGUAUUUUGAGUGUAGCCCUUUUCUAUUCUUAUGAAAUUCUGUAAAUCCAGCAUUUGGGUGUUCUUCUUUGAUGUUUUUGAUGUUCUCUAAAACUAGGCCCAUAAAGUGUACAAAAAUACGCAUUUAUAGAAAACAUUGAUAUACAUGUAAGUGUGAAAUUGAAUAACGAAUGAAAAGAUUUACAGAACUGUGGUCUAUGAAGUGCACAAGUACAAGUAUAUACAGUACAGUAUAUAUGUAAUGUAAUCUCCUACACGCUUCUAAAUCUGAUUAUGUCCAGCUUGAAGCAUAUAGAGGUUUGUGUAGUGUAUGUACAUGAGCUUGAGAUUGAAGGUUCAUGUCAAGUUGGAAAAUGUGACUGGAAUUGCUUAGUAGUACUAUCACAAGUGUAUUUUGUGUUUUUAAAUAAAUUUAUUUACGGAUCUA